AUAAAUAAAUAAAAAUCAACAACAACGAUGGCAGGCGGAUUAUCCGAGAAUGAGUUAGCUAAACUCCGAAACAGAUUUAAAAGAGAUGCAGAGCUUCUUUUACAGCCAGUUUCGGAAGAGGAAGAAAAGAGUAAAGAGAAAGCAGACUCCAAACCGCUCCCACGCUUUAACCGACACUCCGUCUUCUGGAUUUCUGCUUCCGUUGGUUUGACCUACUAUGUAGAUUUUUUCAGCAUCAUCCUGGAAAACGAAGAUAUUAAAAGUUGGUGGUUUAAUGUGGGCCUAGUGCUGCUGUGUGUGUGCCUAAGCCUCGCCACAUUCUGCAUUGUGUAUCUGGAGUGGUUCAAAGGAAUUCAGCAUUAUGAUCAAGAAUACCCUGCGAUUCCACCAAUCACCACCGCUGCGUUCAUCGCUGCCUCCUUCAGUUUUAACAUUGCACUGUGGCCUGUGUGGUCCUUCUUCACUCCUGUGAUUCUCUUCACUCAGUUUAUGGGAGUCGUGAUGAUAAUCUCACUCCUUGGAUAAAGGCAUGAGACGGCAUUGUUUUUGCUUUCGCUGUGACGUCUUUGCGUGUACGCAUAUCAGGUGAUAUUGUCAUUGUGCUGUAUGAACUGAGCAGAUGUUUCAUUUUCAGACAGACUGUAACACAGCUUCAAUUGCAGCAAUGUUUUCUUUUUAUAUAUUCCAUUUUUUUAUGUUUCACUUUGUAUGUAACUUAUUUUAUAUGUACAUUUCCAGUGAAAUAUCUCAGUGUAACAAAAUAACACAAAUAAAUUUACUGAAUUUUCUAAUAAAAAAAAUCAGUUUCAAUCAU